AUGGCAUCAAACUGUAAAAUUGAAUUUCAAUUGCAUCAGGAUGACUGGGACACCUUCAUCGAACGUUUAGAAUUGUACUUCAUGGCAAACGAUGUAGAUCCUACUAAACAGGUCGCAGAGCUGCUAACAAAAGUAUGCGUGAAUUCUUAUUCCCUAAUCAGAUCCUUAGCUUCACCUGUAAAACCAAAAGACCUCAAAUAUGAUGAAAUUAUAAAAUUGGUUUCCAAUCAUCUUCAACCAAAACCUUCCGAAAUCUCCGAAAGAAACAAGUUUAAUUCUACAAGACAAGCUCCAAAUGAACCUGUGAACGACUUCAUUGUCCGAUUGAAACGUUUAUCAGUCAAUUGUAAUUUCGAGAAUUUGGAUACGUCACUUCGAGAUCAAUUUGUGAAUGGCAUCAGGGAUCAAAACGUAAAAGUGGAACUUUUCCGUCAAGAAAAACUGGAUUUCAACGGCGCAGUGAAAAUCGCCGUAGCACGCGAAUCUGCAGAAAGGGAUGCGGUGCGCAAUUCUUCGCCGAGGAGAGAUGGUAAUGGUGAUGUGAAUGACCUUGGUUUGGACGAAUGA